UGCGCGACUGGAAACGGCAUGGCUUCCACUUGUCAGGCUGAAGUCUCGUGUUAGAAACUUUUCAGUGAAGUUCAUUAAGUGUGUAACGUUAACGGCAUGGAUAUGACCGAGGCUCACGACGACAGCUUUGGAAUAGAGGUUAUUCUUCCAGACGGCGACAAACCGGCGCCAUGUUGUCCGCAUGGUCCAGCCUUGCUCUUUGAGAAGGUUAGCAAAGGAGGUGAGACAGGCAGGAGGUUUUACGCCUGCUCAGCCUGCAGAGACAGAAAAGACUGCAAGUUCUUCCAGUGGGAAGAUGAAAAGGUGUCGGAGGCCAGGCUUUUGGCCAGAGAAUCAGAGAACCAGUCGAAGAGACCUCCAUUUACCCAGCAGGAGUACUGUAACAGGUUCAGAAAGUUCUCCUCCCUCCCGCUGGAUGAGAAGAAGUUCUGUCAGGAUUGUCAGAUUCUGCUCCUGCCGGGCGAGUGCGAGGCCCACUCUUCUCACAGAUCCACGGUCGUCACCGUCGCUCAGCUGAGGAGGCCCAGCGUGCUGUUGCGUCCUCUGGACAACAAGAAGAGCAACGCCCAGUACCUGUUCACCGACCGCAGCUCCCACUUUCUGCUAGACACCCUGGCUGCUCUGGGAUACAGGAAGGUCCUGUGUGUGGGCACCCCCAGACUCCAGGAGCUGAUCAAGUUGCGAAACCUGGAGCAGAAACAUGAGCCAAUGAAGAGUCUGCUGCUGGACAUUGACUUCAGAUACGCUCAGUUCUACAGCCAGGAUGAAUUCUGUCACUACAACAUGUUCAACCAUCACUUUUUUGGUGGAGAGGCUUCCAGUGCAGUCCUGCAGGCCUUCCUCACAGAGAGUGGCGGGGAGAAGGUGGUGAUGGUGGCGGACCCUCCGUUCGGUGGCCUAGUGAAACCACUGGCUAACAGUUUCUCUCUGAUCUCAAAGACGUGGAGGAAGCUGCAGAGUUCUGACAGCAGCAACGCUGACAUGCCCAUGAUGUGGAUCUUCCCAUAUUUCUUUGAACCUCGCAUCCUGGAGUGUCUCCCCUCAUUUACCAUGCUGGACUACCAGGUGGACUAUGACAACCACCCUCUGUAUAAACACGGGAAGACGGGCAGGAAGCAGUCUCCUGUCAGACUCUUCACUAAUAUUUCACCCAAAGACGUUGUCCUGCCCAAAGAGGAGGGCUACAGAUUUUGCUCUGUAUGUCAGAGAUUCGUCUGGUCCCUCAACAAGCACUGUGCCAAAUGCAACGUCUGCCCAUCCAAGGACGGCCGAGAGUGGAGGCACUGCUCAACAUGUGGGAAAUGUGUGAAACCAUCCUGGAGACACUGCCAGUCCUGUGGCCGCUGUGCCCUCCCAGACCACCCGUGUGGGCACGCUCAAGAGAAGGAAGGCUGCUUCAACUGCGGCAGCCUAAAGCACAAACGCAAAGCCUGUCCUCUCAAAGACACACACAGGGUCAGCGGGCAUCGGUCCAAUGUCAAGAACAGUGGAGGCAAAAAUGUCUCCCAUAAACCCCUCCUCAAGGCUAAAGGUAAGAGGAAGUCUGGAGCAGCUCGCAGAGCAAAGAAGAUGGCUGCACUGUCCAUGUGACCUCCGUGCAAUCUCAAGAAAAGAGUUUUUUAAUUUUAACUCAAAAAUGACUGUUCUUUACAGUGUUAGCGGUUGUUGUAGUAGUAGAAUAAAAAAGUAAUAUAAAAAGA